GUGUAAUACUCACGUAUUUUAAGCACCGAUAGAGUUAUUUUUGUUUUCUGUUUUGCGUUCAAAAUGGGACUCCUCACGCUCCUUCGUAAGCUCAAGAAGAGCGACACCGAGCCUCGAAUUCUGAUUCUGGGCCUCGAUAACGCCGGCAAGACCUCCAUUCUUCGUAAGCUUUCCGACGAAGACCCCACAACAACGCAGGCCACCCAGGGAUUCAACAUCAAGUCGAUCAACUGCGAAGGGUUCAAGCUAAAUAUGUGGGAUAUUGGCGGUCAGAAGGCGAUUCGCGCGUACUGGCCUAACUACUACGACGAGGUCGACUGCCUGGUGUACGUUGUCGAUGCGGCCGAUCGUCGUCGUCUUGAGGAGACAUCGGCGGAGCUCGACGCGCUUCUUCAGGAAGAGAAGCUUCGCGAGGCUCCUGUCCUGGUCUUUUCCAACAAGUGUGACCUGGCAACUGCUCUGUCCCCGGAGGACGUCAGCACGGCGCUGAAUCUGCACAGCCUGCGUGACCGUACGUGGUCUAUCCAGAAAUGCAGUGCGAAGACAGGUGAGGGUCUCAACGAGGGUCUUGAGUGGGCGGUGAAGAACUUGAAGUCAAAGUAG